GUUGUAUUUUCUUUUUUUUUUUUCUUUCUUGUUUUUCCAAAGCCAGUUGCCCUUCAUCGAUCCUAUCCUUAGUCUCUCAUCUUUCUAUCAAUUUGUCUUUUUUCUUCUUCUUAUUGAAAGAUUUUGGUCUACCUGCUGCAGCCAUUGAUUCGGUUUUGUUUGUUUAUUCUAUACCAUCAUUUUUGUCACUUAUUCCGGGACCAUGGCAACUCUACGUUCCGAAGAUACUAGUUAUUUAUUGCCCCCGGCUCGAGACUUGUUACUAUCGUCCGCUCAUCAACCAAUGGACAGAAUGGAGAAGCCAGGAUUAACAGAAGACAAAGACAUGGAUAAAAUGGUCCUUGAUGAACCCUAUGACACUGCGGAAACCUCCUUCACCGGUCAAGAAGCCUUGUCGAAACCCCAUUUACCUUCCAUCUCGAACAUGCCUUCGUAUUCCCCUGUACCUCAUCCUCACACGGUUUCGUCGGCUCAUCAUACUGUAACACCGCAACAAGCAGCAUCGGACGAGUACCUGCGUCAUCGCAUGUCAGAUAUGAGUGUCUCAUCCUCUUCAGCCAUGCACUACCGAUCACUGCAUAGUCCGACCGUGGUCUCGCCGAAACAGGAGCCCGCUACAGUUGCACGCACAUUGUCCCCCUUGGAACCCAAUUCUCAACCCUUUUAUGAAUCCUUUUCACGACGAGGAUCCGUCGCCGAUCCUAGUUUACACUCUACUCCGGAUUACCGUCGACCGUCUAUUACCGAGAUGAGUAACCUCCCCCUACCGACCUCUACGAAUCCGAGCCGACGAGGUUCGGUAGCCCUGGAUUAUGACCUCUCCUCCCGAUCGCCAUCCCCUUCAUCGUAUGCUAAGCACGGAUCGUCCCGUUACAAUCACGAGUUGGAACCGCCGACGAAUUACUUCUCAUCCCGCAGAGAUUCGCUUCCGCAACAGGCAUCACUGAGUGGAGGCAAUGCCUACGACCCUUUUCACCGCCGUCAUUCCAUCGCUACAGCCGAGCCUUCCUAUCCUCACGCCUUACCCAGCGGUCGAGGAUCAAAUUAUGGGAAGCAUCAACGUGCUUUUCGAUUUCCUGCGACCAUCCAUGAAUCACCGACGCACGGACCAUACUCUGCACCUUCCAGUCCACCACUGGUGCCGGCCGUGGCGACGGGACAUGAACCGCCAUCCACCGUGUCCGCCAAACCUACCGAAAAUGCCAGAUACCCUCGUCAUGCUGUGCGAUACACAGCUUCCAAUGGCAAUGAAUACCACUACCCACAUUCCUCCUCACAACGACAUUCGGGUCAUCCUUACGCUGGCAAUAUGUUGCGUCGUCGAUCCAUUUUGGCCGAAGAGAUGGAUAACCCAGUGAUUGCUCGUCGUGCAUCCAUGCCUGUCGUCACCACGCGCAGCCCCAAUGGCGAAGUUCAUCCUCAUCAUCAUCUCCCGUCUACGGCCACUGCCGCCGCCGCCUCCGCACGCCAUAUGAGUGAUCACCGCGAUCCGGUGUAUGCAAAUGAAGUUGGUGAUGGUUACGGUUUCCGAGAAGAAGAGAAAGUGGUCCGCAAAUCCGAUACCCCUUAUUCUCGCAGCCCCGAACUCCGUGUAAGCCAUAAGUUGGCCGAACGCAAGAGACGCAAGGAAAUGAAGGAGUUAUUUGAUGAAUUACGGGAUUCUUUACCGGUGGAAAAAAAUCUGAAGACAAGUAAAUGGGAAAUCCUUACCAAAGCUGUGGAAUACAUCUCUCUCUUGAAACGACGAGAUUUUGAAAUGGAAAACGAGAUCAAUAGCCUACGUCGGGAACUGGCCAUGUUGAGUCGUGACAGAACUGGUACUAACUAUGGAUUACAAUAUUAACGAAAACGCCAAGAGCAUCGAAAAAAAAAAUAACCAACAACAAACGCACAUAUUUUUGCAGACCAAAACCACCGAUUCAUGCUUCUGUAUUGUGAUACCCCUUCUUUGUUCUCCUUCUUCUUGUCCUUUCAUCGGAUGUGGAAACAUUCAAUGAAUUUUUGGUGAUCCUCCCUUCAUAAUUUAGUCCUUACGCCGUUUUCUUCUUUUUACUAUUUAACAUCUUCUUUUUUAUUUCUCCUACUAUUCAUUCUUCAGUUUACCCUUGCGGUUAUUUUCAUUUUGGAUAAUCCUGAUGUUGUGCAUGUUUCCAUAAAAUAGUACGUCGUAAUAAAAUUUACUCCAAAAG